AUGGCGUCUGCGUCGAAACCAGCAACAUAUAAGCGGUACACGGCUCGGAACACAUAUCAAGGAGAGGUGCCGCCAGCGGCUGUUCUGAUCGAGGACUUUGUGGCAGAGCGUGCGCAUGAUGCGGGCAAGCUCGUCGAGUCAUUGGACCAUGCUGACGCUGUGCCAAGACAUCUUCGGCGACGCGCGAGAAGUUGGCGGCCCUUCGGUUUGUUGCGAUGUCGCGCUCCAGUUAUGGCAGACGCACGGGUUGUGCGACGCAAGAGGAACAGAUACCGAUCCAUAGCCACGACAAGCAAUUCUGCAGCGGUGCUCGCUGCCGAAGAGGAGCCCGGAACCGGUAACAGACGUGUCCGUGUGCGGAAGCACUGGCGGCGCCCUGCCAUUUUAUUGAAGGCACAUGCUUUUGGGGUGCCGCCGCUUGCAGGCACCUCGCAGAAGUACCUUCAGACCCACAUAUGGCAUGCCAAGCGAGCACGCAUGGAAAACCUUUGGAACCAUCGCCUGGCCACCCACAACUGUGGUCUUGGGGUCCGCGCUCUAUACCGAGCCAUGUCUCGGCAUUGUUGCAUGCACGAUCGGAGCUACAUGCAGCUUAUUGAGAUCUUCGGGUCCGAAGAUUCUAUCGUACAGAUCUUGAGUCGCUGUGGGGUCCAGAAGCGCUUGACUCUCAGUGCAACUGCGCGAAGUGGAAGCCGUAGAUUUCGCUCGAUGCUAUAUGCAUGCGACACAGACCAGCUCGUCGCUCCGGUGUUGAUGUUGUGGUGCCCAUCAUUGUGCACCAAGCGACAAGCAACGAAGGAACCCAGCAGCGAAGAGGAGAUGUUGCCGUUCGUCGUUGAUGUCGGGAAGGAGACAGCCCCGCAACUGGACAUCAACAUGUCAAAUGAUGAGGACAGCAAGCAGGACCAGGUUGAAGGCUGCAAGAUGUGGGUGUGGGUGCAUCCAUCGGCCGUUGACGAGGCGCUCUCCAACCUCAGCUUGGCGGCUCAGCAAGCUGCUGGCACACCCAGUGGCAGCAAGCCUUUCGUCACUGCGAUGCCGGGCCUUGGGUUUUUGGAGCUGUCUGGACCGAAAGCUUUGGAGGUGCUUGUCCGCGUCCUUCCACCAGAGGUGUGUCGAGACUCUGCCGCUUCAAGAUUGUGGCGACAGGUUUCUUCGGCUUGUGGCGGUGCGCGGGUGGUUCCACCCCACGGCGCAGUGCUGGCCAUCCAGUUAGAGGAGUCGUUCCUAAACCAGUGCAAGACGGCUGGGCGUGCAGCUGGCAGGCAUCCGAAUCAAGGAGACCAGGGAAGCGAGUGGCUCGCUCGCUGGCCAGAGCAGGUGCAGCAGUGCCCCCUCUGGGAGACCUGCUCGAUGCAGGCAGCGACCCUUCGCGCCGUUCACGUAAGUCGCUGCAUCGAGCUUGCGCGAGUGUGGAGCCUGCCUUGCGCCAGGAUGGACUCGAUGUGUUGUUGGUGUUCCGUGGCGGUGGCAGGAUAG